AUGAGCAGUGAACAAGACAGCGUGAAAAAUUGGCUCUCUGACACACCCGGCCGACGCAGCGGACAGAGCGAGAUGGACUACGAAGAGGUUUUAUUCGGGCUGGAGCCACUGAUCAACGCGCGGAGCGCCGCGGAGCUGCUGGAGCUGGAGCUGGCGGGCCUGGAGCAGUGUGGCGCUGUGCUGGACCAACUGGCAGUGCAUCUGCGCGCGCCGGCCAACCGCGACCUAGUACGCGAGAGCGGGCUGCUGCGACAGUUGCUGCGGGCGCAGGCGCUGGUGUUCGAAGCGGCGUUCCAGGGCGGCGGCAGCAGCGAUGCGCUGCUACAGGUGGGAUCUGAGCUGGUGCGCUGCGCAGCGAAUGCGAUGGUGGACAACGACGACAACCGGCGGGAGUUUCAUUCGCUGGCCGGGGCGGACGGCCACCCGCUGCUGGAGCACUAUUUGCCGAAGGUGCUGCAGAUGGGGGAGCGCGAGGGGCCCGUCGGCGCGCUGAAGAUGCGCGCGAUCGCGAUGCUGCAGAACUUUUGUCUGGACAGUCCCGAAUACAGACUGCAGUGCGCGCAGACCGUGCCCGGGCCGCUGAUCGCCUGCCUCAGAGAGAUGGGGGACGCAUACAUGGAGGAGGACGCGGCGCUGGCUCUGAAGCUGGGGCUGGAGCUGCUUGCGGACCUUGCGGAGGACUACGCGUCUAAGGCCACGCUGGACGAGCUGGAGUUCCUAGCCUCGCUGCUCUGCCGCAUGGCGUCGGCAUGCGAAUCUGCAGACCCGGAGGCUGCAGCGGAGUCCGAGGGUUCGGAAGACUCUGGUGCGGAUGCGCUGCAGGCCCUCUGCGGUGUUGUAGAGGCCAUUGCCGACAAGAGCGCCGCGCUAGACCUCUCAGAUAAAGAGCGCUGCAGCGCGCUGCAGCGCGCGCUCUUCGACUCGCUGGAUGCGCUCCACGCGAAGGAAUUUCCCAAUAAGCUCAUAGUAGUGCGUCGUAUAACGUCGAGCAUCGGCUACAUUUCCGCGAAUGAAAAGUGCCCCAACCGGCACAUGCGCACUCUCUGCUACAGCGUGCUGGAACGUUCGCAGGACGGCUACGCUCUAUGCGGGGCGCUAUUCGUACUGGCCAAUUCCAUCUCCGGACGGAGCGACGUGGACGAAGUCCUCGCACAGGUUCCGCUGCAGCGCCAGGUCCGGGUCGCCCGGGGUUUCACGGACCCUGUCCAGUUCCAGAGCUUCCUGGAUCUCUUCCGCAAAUGCCUGAACCUUGUCACGGCGCUCACAUUCAGCGCGGAGCACCAGGACGCUCUGUUCUCGGUGGUGCGGACCUGCCACGACCAGGCCCGCUACUACGCCGGCCUGGCGCCGCUCGUUGACUCGUUCCUUAACAAGCUCCUCGCCAUCUUCCCGGGCGCGGCCCUUGCCGCCCACGGCGCGGUACUCGACGUCGCUGCCGAGCGCGGCGGGAUCUCCGCCUGCCUGCUCCUGGAGAAAGUCUCCAAGGUGCCCGGCGUUGCGCCAGAGACCUUCGCACGCCUGCUGGAUGCCAUCUUCAAGUUCCAAGAGUCCGCAAACGGCGGCGUGUCCCUGCAACAUUUGUUCCAUGUCACACGUGCUCUUGGCGUCUACCUGCAUGACACAGACGCCCGGUCCAGCCAGUUGCUGCUGUCGCAAUAUUCCGACAAGCUGACGCUGCUGCUGUCGUCUGUACUUUCCCUGAGGGACAAAGACGACCCCGCCGCUACCAGUGUCCUAAACAACGCCAAAUUCAUGGCAGGCAUGGUCUGGAACACCUCGCAGAAUACUCCGGAGCUACAAGGGCAAGACAUGGCAGACCUAGUGAAGGCUGCGAAGGCUCUGCUGUAG